UGGUGAGAGACUGUGCUGACCACAGACGGUACACUGCGGCCGCCAAUGCUGCAGCCGAUGUGGUCCGCCACCAAAGGGUUAUACAAUUUUUGGCAGCCGGUUUAUGUCGGUGGUAUAAAACCGUUGACAGCGUCGUGAUCCGCUAUCAGUGUGAUUAGUAGCUUCGUUGAGACGUGCAGCGCACACGCGACAAUGAAGGUUUUUGUGGUACUCUUCGCCUUCGUGGCAUGCUCCUCGGCGACACUUGAUUUACUGUUCGGUGGGGGUGGUGGAGGAGGAUUAGGAGGUGGGGGUUUAGGUGGACUCUUCGACCUAGAAGGUCUUCUAGGAGGAUUGCUUGGUGGUGGAAGAUCGGCUCCUCCCCCACCUAGGCCAAUUUAUAGUGCACCGCCCAGACCAAUUUAUGGCCCACCACCACCGCCACCACGUCCCAUAUAUGGACCCCCACCGCCACCACGACCGGUUUAUGGUCCUCCACCACCGAUUCACGGACCACCGGUGCCACCACCAAGGCCAAUCUAUGGACCACCGCCACCACCAAUUCAUCCACCACCAGUGUAUGGACCUCCACCACCACCACCGCCACCUCCAGCAGUUUUCAAACUAUUGCCACCACCAUUCCCAACAUUUCAUCAUACCUCGUUACCAUUCUCCCAAGCAUUAACCUUUUCAUCGUUCAACACCGAACUGCGACCGCCCUCACCGUUUCACCCAGUGUAUGGACCGCCUGCACCAGCUCAUCCUCCGCCAGCACCCCUUCCAGUACCAGCCCCCUCAUAUGGACCUCCAUCGUACGUCCCUCCGCCCCCAAUCGCUUCCUCACCAAUCCACGAAGUUCCUCCACCAUCCUAUCACAGCCACCCUGCACCCCAUUAUCAUGCCCCCCAGCAGCAGUAUGGUCCACCGCCACCGGUUGUGUCCGGUGAGUAUCUCCCUCCGGAGCAGAUCCAGCAGCUGCCACUGCAAGACACCUACGUGAACUUCAACGGCGUGAGCUCGAGUGCGGUGGCUUCCGGUAGCGUUACUGGAAACGGUUAUUAUUAAAAUACUCACUGCACGGGGCGAGCGAGAGAAAGUGCAUUAAACUCAGCCUCAGAUUAUACGUGUACGAAGUGUGUGCGUGUGUUCGAUACAUUUUCAAGUGGCGCUUAUGAGUUACACACGUUUCCCCUGUUUCGUCAUGGUAGAGACCAUCAAUUACUAAUCGGCGGUCACGCUGGCGUAGCCAGUUAUGCUCCUUUCAUUACACCGACGCGCAGCAAGCAGUAUCCCUCUCCGUGCCCGUAGAGAGGCGAAUACCGCGCAGAUGGAAGGAUGAUCCGUCCCCGGAUAGUUACACACCCACAAACACACAUCUAGCUAGGAUUGUGCAAUACCAAAAAAGGGUCUCUUCAACAUUUUAGUUUUAAGUGGGAUAUCAUGUCCACAGUUAAAGUAAGCCUUCGUUCAGUGAAUGUUUCAUUUAUAUACGUAAAGUUAUUUUUAUUCGUUAUUGAAUGUUUGGAGUAAGUUGUCGAUUCUAUUACUAGUCAUACUUCGGAGUCUAACCACACUGUUGUAUUUUUAUGUUGUAAAUACUCGGACCAAACCAGUGAUUAUUAAACUUGCAUUUUCAUAUGAAAAAAAACACGAAACCGUCCAAUUCUAUCCGCCAGAAUUGCCAUAUACUGUUAGAAAAAUUAACAAUGAAUUUGCUCAACUCGGGACAUCUGAAUGGUUACCUUCCCAUAUAAUUAAACACUUUCCCAGUUUAUUUACGCAUGAAGUAAACGAAACAAUAGCUUCAUAAGACAGAAAACGAAUAUAAAACAACUGUUACUUUUGCAAACUUCCGUAUGCCAUAUAUGAGCGAGAGUGAAGAAUAUAUAUAUUUUAUGUAAUGCAACUGUAAGUUGUUUGAAAUUGUAAUUGUAAUAAAAAUAAAUAACAGAAGUCAUGUUUGUCUCAAUGUAAAAAAAUAUUUAUUGGUAUCUACGGAAAAUUCUCGAAGCGUGAAAUAGUUUCGCAUAAAUCUAAAACUUAUAAUUGCAUAUCACAAUUGUGGAAAUGGCCAAAAUACGCUAGUGUUAAGGUGCGUUUCCAAUGGGAGAAAACUGAAAGAA